AUGGUCCAAAUCCUCGUGGCAAAGCUUCAUCAUGAGCCUGGCACCUCCCAGUCUGGCACGAUGUCUCAGGUCAUCAGCACCACCGCUGAGCGCGUUACCAUCGGCGAGGCCGGAAAUCGGGCCAGCGACCUCGUCGAGCUGCUUGGUGCCACCGAGGCGCUGCGGCGGCUGUUGAAAUGGCCGGAGUAUUGUGAUGAGGACAUCAUCAUCCGCUCCGAUAGCCUGAACCUGGUGAAACGGCUGAACGGGUGCGCCGGCGGCUACGAAGCGGAGAUGGCCACGUUGCGCUCGAUCGCCGAGCAGUUCCCGGGUGGCGUCAAGUUCCAGCACGUCUUUGCGCACAAUGGGGAUCCGGGCAAUGAGAAGGCUGAUACAAUGGCUCGCCACGCGAUGAGGACCGGGAUCAAGUACCGCGAGCCGCCGGCGAUCGUCGGGAAGACGAUGAAGCCGAAGCGGAAGUCGACGACGGCCUCGACCUACUCGGCGCUGUCCCGGCUCUCCACCGCCAAUGCUUUCGAUCCGAAAAGCCGCCGA